AUGCAUAGUCUGGCGCUGCAGAUUUCCCGGCUGCGCGGGGCCACCACAGGAACGCUGCCCUGGGUCCCUGUCGCCCCUCAGACAGACACGGGUUCCCACCCUCCCCCGCCCCCCGCACUAGGUGAGGCCCGGCAGGUUACGCGGCCCGGCGGCCCGCCACGAUUCCAGGGGCGCCGUCCCCGCCGGGGUCCCGGAUCCGACCCAGAGGGCCCGGUAGCCGCGGCGAGGCCGGACUCACCUCUCCCCUGCACGGUCCGUCUUCGCUCCGGUCUCCUCCGCGGCGUCUCCGGCUCCUCCUCAUCCACCCCAGCAGGAAGUGACCUCCUCGGCUGCUUUCGUCACUUCCAUCCUCAGCAGAGAGGGCGGGGAGGAGGAGGCGCCCUCUCGCCGGUUCCCAGCCUCACCUCGCCGCACCCAGCCGCGUCUCCCUUUCCUUUCUCCUUUCAGCAGACGCCGACUUCCGCCCGCACUCCGCCCCCUGCGCGCUCCUCCCGCCGCGCAUCCCGCGCAUCCGCCCCGUCACGGCCCGUGCGUCACGCUGCGGGGGCACGUUACGCACGCUCGUGGUUGGCUGCCGGCCCGGCCCGCGGCAGGGCCAGGGUAGUCCUGACGUUGAGAGAGACAGGCUCUCAUUCGGUUGCCAAGGCUGGAGUUCAGUGGCAAGAUCUCAGCUCACUGCAGCCUUGGGAUCCUGGGCUCAAGCCAUCUUCUGACCUCAGUCUUCUGAGUAGUUGGGACUACAGAUAUUGGUUGAGAAGCUACUAUGAGCCAGGCACAGUGCUUUGCUGGGAGUAUACAAAUGGUUGAAACAUUGGUCUCUGCUUCAAAGAGCUAAUGGGAAAGGUAAACACAUAAGCAGACAACUAUGACCCAAUGUGGAAGCAGAGUUCAAUGGUUUAGUAACCCACCCAGUGGUCAUUCCCUGCCCUUUCUGGCUUCCGGAGUCCUCUUCCCAUUAUAAAAGUGAGAAUGCUUUUCUAACUUUCCUUGUAACCAGCAAAAGGGCAGGUUACCAAAUUCUGGUCAGUCUACUGGAAGGAUUUUAGGAAAGAUUUUUCACCUGAAAACAGAGAGGAACUCCUAAUCCUGAGUCUCCUGUUUUGGGCUGAAUCAUGUUCUCUUAGAAUUCAUUUAUUCAAGUCCUAACUCCUGGGACCUCAGAAUGUGACUGUAUUUGGAGAUACGGUCUUUAAAGAGGUAAUUAGGUUAAAAUAAGGCCAUUAGGGUGGAACCUAAUCCAGUAUGACUAGUGUUCUUGUAGGAAGAGGGCAUUAGAACAUGGACAUUCAACAGAAGGAAGACAUGUGAGGACACAGCAAGAGGCCGUCUAUAAGCCAAGGAAAGAGACGUCUGAAGGAGCCAAUCCUGCCAACACUUUGAUCUUGGACUUCUAACCUCCAGAAUUGUGAGAAAAUAAAAUUUCUCUUGCUUAAGUUA